GUUUUUGCAUCCAUGUCAAGGCGCAACUGAGAGGCAGACAGCCAGCACUUCUCCUUUCUAGCCAAAACAUCAUAAAACUCGUAUCUACCAACAAAGCCAUUCUUUAAAAACACCAAUCAUCCAUAUCUUCUUUGUGUGCUCGAGUUUCCAACCCCAAGAGCACUGCUCCGAGGUCGCGGCGGCGUGGCGCUUCAUACGGCGUCACUCGCCUACUGGGUGCGGUCGGCAUCGGGUACCUCGUCAAUGAGACCUCAAGUACCUACAGCCCCAAAGGUACCUGCGCCGGAACUGCAGAGUACGGUAAAGUGCGUACCCUGGCCUGUCGCGGAGGGAUGGCUCUGCUCGCCUCAAAGGGUCUGAGCAACCUCAACCUCAUUCUCAACCUCGAAUUCAGCCCGAUACGCAAUGCUAUCCCCAAUUGUGAUCGGGCAUAUCACGUCACUACCCGGUCGAGGACGAUCCUCCUGGCAAAUCAAUUAAUGCCUCCCUCGCCCAGAAUUAGAUGGGGUUUUCUAUGAUGGAUCCAAAUGUUGGAAAACCAUCUCCAGCCAUAACCCUGGAGGAGACAGACCCGUACUCUAUCUGUCUGUCCGUCCAUCCAUCCAUAUCAACCAACACACGUAGUAAGGCCCUGAGUACGGAAUCACUCCGUCCUCAAAUACCGCCGUGCUUUCCGAUCGACUAUUUGCACUUCCUGUUUCAUUCUUUAUUGCAACUGGUAUUAUCGCUUGCGUUGGCGUUUCGCUUGCAUGUAUGCAGAGCGUUCAGCAUCCUCAGCGUCCGCCCUUUCAUUUCAUUCUCAUCAACUCAGCUCUCGCACUGCACUUUUCUCGCAUUAUUGAUCAUUCUGGCGCGCUCACACUUCACUGGGCGCUUUUCAACUGUCGCCAUGGGCCGCGCGACUGGCUGAGUGACGACGGCGCCGCCCUCGACCGCCCAGAGACUAGAGUCGAGAAGUGACAAGGGCCGCUAACGGACUCCUCUACGCUUAGUACGGUGUGUGUUUAGCCAGACACCCUCGGGUGCGGAUCAAGGACCGCACCGCGCGUUGCUCUGCCGCGGUCUUUCUUCAGGUUGGGCGGCUUUGAAAAGCGAACUUCGCAAUAUCGUACCUCUAGAAUAGCAUAAACACGAACAAUGCCGAUUUGUUUAAGCGCAUUAGACGAGAUAAAGUCAAGGGCCCAUGGCACAAAUGGAAGAUGACUAUUACAUGUCAUUCGAAAUUCGAAUCAAUCGUUCUGAGAGUUAUCCCCGAAUCUACUUCUAGGAUAAGGUAAUUUAGUAAUUAAGGUACCUUACCUAGGGAGGUAGUUAGUUGUUGGUCGUUUCAAUUGUCUGAGUCAUCUCGUCUAUCUCAUGCGCG